CCCCUCGCUUUUUUUUUCCGAAAAGGGGGCUCCCCGGCCUCUGCACCCUACCCCUCACUUGGUCUUCCUCCAUGUUCCCUCUCGCCGAGAGAGACUGAGAGAAUCAGAGAAAAGGAGUGACAGACGAACGAGCAUCCUCCUUCAGUUCUUCUCCCUUCUUGGCGACGAGCAAGUGCAAUGUAUCAGCCAAAUCAAAUUUCUAGCAUUGGUCAUAAUCAUGGCAGUCCUGCUGCUCAUGAACAAAUGGAGCUAGGGGGCACCAGUAUGAGUAUGGUGCCUUGUAAUGGGGGAAAUGAUAACCCUAACAUGGCAUCAAGGCAACGGUUACGUUGGACAAACGAGCUGCAUGACCGAUUUGUGGAGGCUGUUACUCAGCUUGGUGGGCCGGAUAGAGCCACUCCGAAAGGAGUUCUGAAAAUUAUGGGUGUGCCAGGACUCACAAUAUACCAUGUGAAAAGUCACCUACAGAAAUACCGUCUUGCGAAGUACAUUCCAGACCCAUCAGCCAGUGAUGACAACAAAGCUGAAGAAAGAGAUCCAGGGGAUUUGCUUGCAGCACUUGAAGGUUCCUCUGGAAUGCCAAUAUCUGAAGCCUUGAAGCUCCAGAUGGAGGUCCAGAAGCGGUUGCAUGAACAAUUAGAGGUGCAAAGGCAGCUGCAGCUACGAAUCGAGGCACAGGGCAAGUAUCUCCAGAAGAUCAUUGAAGAGCAGCAGCGCAUCACUGCUGCAGGACCUUCCAGAGCCACAUCAAGUGAUCAAAUGCCUGAUUCCGAGAGAACUAACCCAUCAACUCCCGGACUGACAUCUGAAUCUCGAGUUCACGGUUCCACCAAGAACAACAAAAAUCAAAUUGAGCUAACAAAGAGCUCUCCUAACGAUGAUCCUCUCGCGUGUCGUCAACCACUAACCCCUGACUGUAGCCGGCCUAGUUCCCCAACUCUCAGUCCAGAGCAUGAACGUCCAGUUAAGAGGCAGAGAGGCAGUGACCCCGUCGAUGAUACAUCAUUUGAUGAUGACCAGUUUGUCCUUCCACGCACCAUUUUUGAAUCGAGCACAGCCACAGAGUUCCAAGACUGCUCGUCGCCUUAUUCAGGCCAUUAGAAUUUGGUGCUUUGCCAGGAUAGAUAUACAUGCUUUCAUCUGUUGCUGUCAGUAGUUUUUGCCUUCUCAACAUCAAUGCUGUUGUUAGACACGAGUUUAGUUAUGAGAGACUGAAGAGGAGGUUGAUUAGACAUGCCUGGUAGCUGUAACUCUCUAAUGAUGUCAUCAGAUGUUACCAUGUCGUUAGAUGUUACCAUGCUGUUUAGUUCUGAGUGGUAUCUAAAUUGAGAUUGUUUUAGAACGGCUUAUUUCAUGCUUCAUGCCAAUUUAUUUUUGUUGCCAUA